GCGUCGCGCCGCUAUGUCGGCCGUCGCCGCCGGCGCGUUCGACGCUAGGAAACGUUGCGUCAGCCCGCGCUAACGAGGCCGCCGUCGCCGCCGCCGCCUCCGUCGUCGCCGCCGUCGUCGCCGCGCGGAGAGUCGUGCGCGCCUCUUGCCGCGACAACAGCCGGGACGAUGGGGUUAGGCUUUCGAUGGCGCCUCGUGCUCGUGCUGCUCCUCGGCCUGCUGCUCUGGCAGACCUCCAAGAUCUGGCUCGCGUUCCUACAGGACGGCGCCGCCACGCCAGAACUUCAGGACCAAGUGACGCCGUUGAGCGGAAAGGACGACCCGGCUUCUCAGAAAGUGCACGUGGCUGUGUAUUACGAAGCGUUAUGCCCGGACUCGCGUAGUUUCGUCUUGAAACAAUUAGUCCCGACGUCCCGAAAGCUCUCGGCGAACGUGGAGGUUGAACUGGUGCCGUACGGUAAGGCGAAGACGACGAAGACGAGCGACGGGUACCAGUUCGUGUGCCAGCACGGACCGAUCGAAUGCCAGGCGAACAUCAUACACGCUUGCUCCAUCGACGUCAUCAAGGACCCGUCGGUACAACUGCAAUUUGUGGCCUGCAUGAUCGAGAAUAACAUUGACCCGGUGCGAAUAAUGAAUACGUGCGCCGAGCGUAUGUCCGUCGACCUGGAGUCCAUGAGGAAGUGCUCGAACGGCGAACGGGGGAAGGAGCUCCUGGCGAAGUACGGAGAGAUGACGAAUUCCCUCGUGCCGCGCGUGUCUUUUAUACCGACGAUCACCCUCGACGGGAGCUCCGAACACCAGGUGAGGAUACUGAAAAACUUGCUGAAGGAGGUGUGCCUGCAAUUCAAAGUUACGCCAAAGGAGUGCGUAUCGUGAGAGCACGCAUUGUUCGCCGCUAGCAAAACAUAUCUGCAUAAUCAUCGAAUUUUGUUAUUAUGUUACACGAGUUUAAAAAAAAUACCAUGUACGAGAAAAUAUAGUAUUUUUCAAAAAAAAA